UUUUUUUUCCUCUUUUCUGCAGCAUCAGUACCGAGGACGCACAAGCACACUGUGAAAAAAGGACAAAAAGGGGGGAACAGAUUAUUCCUUUUUUUUUGCAGAGAAAAAACACAACCCCUUCUUUAAGAAAAGAAAGAAAGCAGGAUAUUUUAAACAGAAAAGGAGGAGUCCAGGGGAAAGAAAGAAGGAAAGGAAGAAAGGAAGGAAGGAGGGAAGGAAGGAGAGCGUCGGACGCGUGAAGAAGAGCUGGAGCACGCGCUGUGCUGAGACUGUCUGUGUUUGUGUCAGUAAACGCACCACGGCGGGGGAGAGAUGAAGGACCGCACACAGGAACUGCGGAGUGCUAAGGACAGUGAUGAUGAUGAGGAAGUCGUUCACAUCGACCGGGGAAACUUUAUGGAUGAGUUCUUCGAGCAGGUGGAGGAGAUCCGCGGCUGCAUCGAGAAGCUGUCGGAGGACGUGGAGCAGGUGAAGAAACAGCACAGCGCCAUACUGGCAGCUCCCAAUCCUGACGAAAAAACCAAGCAGGAGUUGGAGGAUCUCACAGCUGACAUUAAGAAGACAGCCAAUAAAGUACGCUUAAAAUUAAAAGCAAUUGAGCAAAGCAUUGAACAGGAGGAGGUGAUGAACAGAUCAUCAGCAGACCUGCGGAUCCGCAAGACACAGCAUUCCACCCUGUCACGCAAGUUUGUGGAGGUGAUGACCGAGUACAACACGACGCAGUCCAAAUACAGAGAUCGCUGCAAAGACCGCAUUCAGAGACAGCUGGAGAUCACUGGAAGAACGACCACCAAUGAGGAGCUGGAGGACAUGCUGGAGAGCGGGAAACUCGCCGUCUUCACCGAUGAUAUUAAAAUGGACUCCCAGAUGACCAAGCAGGCCCUGAACGAGAUCGAAACUCGUCACACAGAGAUCAUCAAACUGGAGAACAGCAUCCGCGAGCUGCACGACAUGUUUGUGGACAUGGCCAUGCUGGUGGAGAGCCAGGGAGAGAUGAUUGACAGAAUCGAGUAUAACGUGGAACAUUCGGUGGAUUACGUAGAGCGAGCUGUUUCCGACACCAAGAAGGCCGUUAAAUACCAGAGUCAGGCGCGCAAGAAGAAGAUCAUGAUCAUCAUCUGCUGCGUAAUCUUGGGCGUGGUCUUGGCGUCCACUAUCGGAGGAACUCUGGGCUUCUAGAGUCACCGAGCGCAGACGAAGAGGAGCAAACACACCAGACAUAUAUAUCACACCGCUAGGAGAUACAGAAACUCCUGUCGGGUUAUAAAUCACAUAAAAACAAAAACACACCAAAAAAAACAAAAGUAUAACUAGUGGAUUAAAUCAUAUAUGAGAAGAGAAGGGAUCGAAUAAAUCAAUAAACGUUCUAUUUACACACACUGUACAUGUAAAUGUAUUGAAAAGGAGAAACAGCACAUGGGUUUAAAAACCUGUACAAAUAUAAUGCUCUUCAUUUGCUUCUUCUUUUUUCUUUUUUUAAGUUUUUUUUUUCUUUUUUUUUUUGUUUGUUUGGAAGCAUUUAAUUUUUGGGGGUGUUUAUUCCAGGACAGCGCCAUCGGCUGUGUUUCGUCAGAACGUUCAGCUCGUGCACUUCCUCUCGAGGGUAUGUCAGAAAAUGAAACUCAGUAACGGUCUUGGUUUCGUCAGGAGGGACUCCAUCAAUCAUUCUGUAAAACUCUUUCAUUUCAAUGAGCCAAAAAAGUCUUAUAAAGAUAAAGAAGAAUCUUAGACAUGGAGGAGUAAGCGAACGUGUCGUCAUGCUAGCUCACGUUUGUAACACGCCAGUAUGAGAGACGUGUGAAACUAUGCAGCUUUCCUACAGAGACAAACCUGCUUCUAAUAUCCUUUAAUGUGGAGAGUAAAAACCAUUAUAAAUAAAAAGUAAAACUGAUUCUAGGGAAUGUUAACAGUUAGCAUGUGACUAGAUUAAAGUUUGUUAAUAUUCAGUGAUUUAUGAUUUAUAUAUGCAACACUACAGCUGCUUUAUUUUUAUUUGCAGAAGAUUUUAACACACACUGAAAUGACAUCACUUUUUUUUUUUUUUACUUUUGUGCUGUUUAUUAAUGAAGGUUUUUUUUUUGCUUCCAUCUCUGAGGAGCUUAAAUUUGUUUUAAAUCCUAAUAACAGAUUUUCGGCUGCGUCCCAAAUUCUCGGCUGCGUCCUGUACUUAAAGGGAACUUAUAUUACUAGUAAAACACGACUGUCCUUCCACCAAUCAGACGAGUGUUCGGUGUUCAAACGCUACACUCACGGACUCAGAAAAUAUAGGUAUAUAGGGGGCGUGUUUAUGGGCGGAGACCACUAUCAGGUGAACUAUAUAUAUAUAUAUAUAUAUAUAUAUAUAUAUAUAUAUAUAUAUAUAUAUAUAUAUCGCUGUCAGCUGUGGUUAGUUUCUGCUUCAUCUUCCUCAAACCCACCAUGAACUACUAAAGCCUUGCCAAAGCCCAUCUCUGAUUGGCUGACGCACGUAUACAUCAGCAUAAGGUCAACUCUGGUGUGUUUUUUUAACGGAUGAUGGAGUGUAAUGUCCAUCAUCACAUUUUUCUCUUCUCAUCAAUGAUCGUUAUUUUGUUAUUAGAAGAACAAUAACAAGUCCUAGGUGUAUAUGAAGCUCCGCCCCCAACAGCUCCCAUAACUGAAAAAGCCCCGCCCCCAUAUUUCAUGUACAGGCACUACAAAUAAGUAACAGGAUGUCGCCCCUUUACGCAACCUUAAAAAAAGUCGGGAACUAGAUCUGAGGAAAUAAACGUUAAGGUGGCGGUGUUGGAUCCGGACUUUGGGACGCAGUGAUGGGGUUGAAAAACACGGCCGCCAUGUUGAGUUCAGCUACGUAAUAUCGUAAAAAUGUGAUAAAAUGUGAAAAUUAUCGCCCAGCAGAUGUUUGUAAAAGCUGGAGUGCAUUAGAGUCCCUCCGUUCGAAACGCGACCCUCGCUCUGCUCUAUGGUGUGUAUGAUAUUAGCGUGUGUGCGUUACUGUAAUAUGGUGUGUGUUAUAUCUCACUGCAGCAUGGUUUAGUCGUGUGUGUCGAGUGUCCGAUCACGUACACGUACGGGGUUCAAUAUGCGCGUUGUCGUCGUCGCUGUUUAUUUUUACUCUUUGUCAAAAAGGCAUGCAGCGUCUGAUUGGUCGGUUUUUGCAUGAUGACUUAUUGAUCAAGUGUGCACUUUACAGUCUGAGAACACACACCAUCACGCAGUUCAGCUUUUAUCUACAAGGCUGUGAUGGAGGGUUUCUUUAUUACUCACACACACACACACACACACACACACACACACACACACACACCUGGUGUUAAUGCUGGCGGUCAGUACGGUGUGUGAAACAGUGAGUUAUGUUCUGUUUUCGUCACUUAUCCUGCACACGUUUGUUUUUAAAUGCAAAAAGGGAAAAAAAGGAGGGCACACGGGAACUAGGGCACUAGAAACUGUAAUCGGUUGUAAGGACAGUGAUGCUGCUGGUUCUGGAGGUUCCUGUAAACUGAGUUAGUUCCACUUUGUGUCUUUAGUGAUCCUGCCUGUGGUGUGUGUGUGUGUGUGUGUGUGUGUGAGUGUGAGAGAGUAAUAAAACCCAAAGUGUUAUGCUAACUUGAUAAUUUACUAAGCUGCUUAUUUACGAAUGAAUUCAGUCGUUUCGCUCGUUAGCUGGUUUACGCUUUUACAGUUUAUCACAAUACAAUAUUUUCUAUUGUUGGUCCAUUAGUGAUGUUUAAUCUCACUUUCUCUCUGCUGGAAACAAUAAUAAUAAUAAUAAUAAUAAUAAUAAUAAUAAUAAUGUGGGCGCUGACCUGGAUGAAAGGUUUCUCACUCUUUACAAAUAUAUUUAUAUAUUUAUUUAUUUAUGUAUUUAUUUAAUAAUCAUUUUUUUGUAACUGACAGAUGAUUUAAGUCUAAUUUUUUUGAGGUUGUUGAAAAAUUACACAAAAAUGUAAAAAAAAAAAAAAAAACAGCAUAAAAAAUUUCGCUUUGUGAUUUUCAGCAACCUCGAAUGUUUCGCUUUUGUUUUAUAUCUCAGUCUUGCUUUUCAAUUAUUAUUAUUAUUGUUAUUUUUAUUUAAUUAGUUCAUUGUUUGUCGAUGUGUCAGUGGAUUUUUCCCCACUCUGCUUUGGGGACAGUGUUUCUGCGCUCCGGUGUUUAUGAAGGAGCGCAGAGGAUAUUUAUAAUAUCACAUAUAUCUCAUAAUCGGAAAAAAAUAUGAAAUAAAAUCCAGUGACGUUUUGUAAGGGGGAGGGGAAGAUGAUGAUGAUGAUGAUGAUGAUGGCAUCGAUAUCAAUAAUCGAUACUGAUGAGAGUGAUAAAUCUGAGGAGGUUGUGUUAAAGUAAUAGUAAUAGUCACAUUGAAUAUUGAAUGCGUGCAAUUUAGUCAAACUGAACUGGAUCUUUGUGUUUGUAAUUAUUGUAAAUAAUUUAAAGAGAGAUUAAAAAAAGACCUGCAUGUCUAUGUAUAAAAACAAUCUCAGCGGUUCCUGUCAAAGUUGACACUUUUGGGUUUUUUUUCCGCCCCAAGUUUCCGUCUCUCCGACUGCCUGCAGCUUUUAUUUUGACAUUUAAAUCGUUCUGGAUCAAUUUGAAACGGAUAGAAAUAUCAGGCAGUUUGUUUGAAACCAAUACGCUCAGAGUUCUCCGAACGAGACUCUGAGAAAUCGUGCUUCCUCCAUUUCUCUCACAGGUGGAAAGAAAAGUGCAGCGGGGCCCAAAGCUCACGGUUUCUCUCUGACGCUUCGGAUGAAUAAAUGCAUUCGCUCAUUUAGUGAAGAAAAGUGUGAUGAGCGUGAAGUCUGUCAAGGCAAUCGCAAUUUUAGAUUAGUGACCAUAAAAUACUUUGAUUCUAGGCCGAUAAAAUGUUCUGUUCUGCAAAAUAUCGCAGUGUUUGAUUUUAAAAUAUCACCAGAGUCAGAUAUUUUGGGAGGAGGAGAAGUCUGUCUCAGUGGAAAGGCAGAAGAUUGUGCUGAGACGGCGUUCCCAUCACUCCGUCAGCAGAAAGAACCGUCGCUCUGACUGAGGGAUAAUUUACUAGUCGUCUAAUUGUAUUUCUUUGUAUAAUAAAAUGCAAGACAGUAAUAUCAGUACAGCGUGAUCCGACAUUAGGCAUAUUAUUUUACAUAAAUCUGUGCAAUACUCAGUAAAGGGCUUUCUAAACCACGUAUAAAAGAACGAAGACCAAGUGAACGAGUGAUCUGAACGCACAUUCGGUGAACGAGUGAAACACUAUAGACCCGCCUGCAGUUUUUUUUCCACUCUGAAAGGACGAGACGGACAACAAUAAUUGGGCGGGAAAAAUGAAUUCAGAUUCAAUUAAGGAGGACAAUUAACAAGCUGCAACUUUGGCGGGAAUCACCACGUUGUGUCCUUUUUUUUCCCUGUGUGUGUGUGUAUGUGUGUGUACUGUAUUGUAUAAAAAGAAAAGACAGAAACAUGCUAUCUUUCCCUCUCUCUCUCUCUCUCAAUCUCUCGCAUUCUCUCUCUCUCUCGUACUACUGUUUGCUGUUCUGUUUAGUUAGUGUGACGUGCCAGUAUACCCUCUUGACCUUUGACCCCUGUGCCCGCACUCUUCUCUCCCUCCCCCUCUCUCCAUGGAUCUUUAAGACGACGACUCUAUGCAGAUGCUGUCUUUUAUAAGUGUGUCAAAAAAUUUAAGUUUGAAAAAAAAAAAAAGAAAAAAAGAGAAACCCCGUCCAACAGACAUUAUGAAAUGAAACAGAAAAUGAAUAAAGAAAAGCAUUGUUCAGUGUA